UUAAGUACAUGUUUAUCUUUUACAUAAAAGUAUGCUAUGUAGGAUAUAAGAUUGUAAUGUACAGUUGAUUGUAUUAAUAACAACGUUACUGAGGCAACUUCAGGUCAUUGUUUAAACUUCAAUAUUCCAAUAGUAUACAUAUAUAGAAGCGGAACUAAGCAAUUGAUUGUUCAAAGUAAUACGGCUGACAGUGGUGUACCCAUGAAAUUUAAAGUGUAUUAUGCCGGAGGUGUUCUGUGUAACUACUGCCCCGAAUCCUGUUAAUGUUACAACAAAGGUCAUGACUUCAGUUGGCGGAGUAACGAAUCCCUCUGCUACAUACGUUUCCAUUAAUGCUCACACAAGCAACAAUAAUGCCAUGAGCACAACAGCUCCAUUAAAGCCGACACCAGGCUCCACAUCCAGCGGCACAAAGUACAUACAACUUCAGUCGGUUCGCAGUUCACCAGGACUUGCCCCAGCUCGAGCAGCGUCGCCACAACUAAUUGGCACCCCAACCACUAUUCAAGGAGUCCCAUCUAGGCCCCGCACCCCAAACUCAGGCUUGGCUAUUCCACCUGGUAUGGUGCUGACACGUGGUACAAAUGGUCAAAUAAUGAUUGUUAACGGCAAUCCAACUACAUCUGGACAGCAAGUCACAGGUUCAAACCAGACAGGAACACCAGCAGCGCGGACCGUCACCACCAUCGCAGCUACCAGUCUUUCAUCCGUUACAACUGUCGGGAAACCUGUACCUGUUGCAUCUUCUGUAACUCAAGUUUCCAAAGCACAAGAAACAAAAUUACCUCAAGCUAAAGCAGCUCCCAUAACUUUAUCGCAAGAUGAUAUCGUAAAUGUAAACAAGUGCAGGAAUUUCUUAACCACCCUGAUUAAGCUUGCUUCAACUGGCGGACAACUCCAGGAAACUGUGCGGAAUGUAAAGGCUCUAGUGCAAAACUUAAUUGAUGAUAAAAUAUGCCCGGAAGAUUUUACAAAGCGUUUACAAGUUGAACUGAACUCCUCACCCCAACCUUAUCUUGUACCAUUUUUAAAGAAAAGUUUGCCGCUACUUCGCUUGACAAUGAUGCAGCAGAAUCAAGGUGGGGCUUCCCCUGCUGUUGCAGCAGCCGCACAACGUGUCUCCACGCUCUCCGAUCCGAAAUCUGCUGUUGCUGGAAAACCAAAACCCGUGAACAAGGUUGUAAGACCUGUGGCAAAGAACAUGAGGAGCAAUGUACCCGACAUAAGACUUCCAAGGGUGACCUCCAAUGUCCCCCCAAUGAAGCAUCCAUCUCUGCAAAACCCACAACCCCACAACUCAUUUCACCCACCACCUCACCCAUCCUCUGUAUCGGGGGCUCGUACAUCGUCACUCACAGCGAUGGGUCGUCCAAUUUCAGUGAUGUCAAAUCGAGCUGGGCAAAGGUGGAAUGCUACAGGGUCAGGUGGAACAUACAAAGAUGAUGAUGACAUCAAUGAUGUAGCUUCCAUGGCUGGUGUGAACUUAUCUGAAGAAAGUGCUCGCAUAUUAGCAACCAACUCUGAGCUAGUUGGCACACAAACCAGGUCCUGUCAAGACGAUGCUGUUCUCAAUGCCCCUGUACUUCAGAAACGAAUGACAGAAAUAGCUGCACGCAACCCAGAGAUUCAGCAUAUUCACGCUGAUGCAGUCAAGUUUUUGUCAUGUGCAGCUGAAACGAGGAUAAAAGAUUUACUGGAGAAAGUGGCCGCUGUUGUUUGCCAUAGAAUGACAAACUUUAAGGAGGAGGAGCAUUACAAGGCUUGCUCCGAUGUAAAGAUGCAGCUCAAGUUCCUCCAAGAACUUGAUCAAAUUGAGAAGAAAAAACAUGACGAGGCAGAACGAGACAUUCUCAUGAGGGCGAUAAAGAGUCGCUCGAAAAACGACAAUCCUGAGCAACUCCGGUUAAAGGAGCGAGCUAAAGAGAUGCAACAACUAGAACUUGAAAAGAUGCAGAUUCGAAAUGCUGAUGAGACCGCUCGAAACGCCAUCGGACCAAGGAAAAAGAAAGCUCGUAUUGAUUCACCGCUUGCCUCUGGUUUAAAUGAUACGAUCAACCAUAUAAACACUCCUUCUUCAUCGAGAGGAACGGCGAGAUCUCGGAUGAAACGAGUAAACCUGCGUGAUCUCAUCUUUGUCAUGGAGCAUGAGAAGGGCUUGUGCCGAACUAAGUCACUAUACGCUUCCUAUUUAAAAUAACAGAACCCGAUUCUACUCAGCAUAAACGCAGAGUGCGGCGUUGGCUCGACUGCCUUUUAACCCAAUCUUGGGCAGGGCGUCAGUUGAGGGCACUAGAGGACCGCCUGAGCACUCCCUCCCAAUGCACUUGACUCACACCUCAGAUUAUCACCAACAAUUUCACCACUGGCCAAAUGUUCCAACGCGGAAACAGUUGAGCAAUCAACAACUAAGUAGAUUGCAAGAUUUUCUAGAAAGUAAUUUCAUUCAUUGAUUUUUUACAGACACAGACACUUUGUAAGGUGUUAAUUUUUCAUGGAAUAAAUAUGGUUCCGUACAAUC